UUUAUCUCAUCAAUUUCACAAUGUGGCGCAUAGAGCAGCCAGCUCCCCACAGUGUUGUGUGCUAUUGGCCAAUGCACUUGCCUCAGUUGCACCUAGCAUACAUGAAAUACUCAAUGCCACUAGUACUAUGGAUGAACCAUAUAAAGAUAAAGAGAAUGUUGACCCAAAUGUGCAACAAAUAGAUGAAUUGCUUACAGCUGCACAACUGAAGAAAAAGGAGGUUCCGGCAAUAAAAUUAAGGAGAAAGACAACUUGGCUUGAUAAGUUACUCAAGGGGAAGCGUAAACCAUUGAAAGCUACCGCACCGACCAAAAAGGGAGAAAAUCCCAAAAAGGAGGAUGGUGUGCAACAAAAGAAGAAGGAUGGUGUGCCAAAAAAGAAGAAGGAUGGUGUGCAACAAAAGAAGAAGGAUGAUGUACAGCCUCAAGUAUUACUGGAGAAAUGUACCAACACCAAAGAAGUAAAUAUGGAGCCUCAAGGGUACAAUGCUAUCAUGAGUUUCACCCAGCUCUUGACGGCUCCGCCUUGUGGUCAGGAUGAUCUGUUCUAGCGUGCAAGCUCGCUAGAAGUAUUUUGGACAUAGUUAAGUAUAAUAUUUUGGGCUAACUAUAUUCGUCUUUUGGGGCCUAAGUGUACAAAUCAAAUGGCACUAAAUGGCUGUGAAGAGCUCACUGAAUUCACUUGACAGAGAUACUGAAACUUUUGAAUUACUUGUGAUGAAGUGGGUUGUACUGAAUCUAAAUAGUGAUGAAUGGCAUGUCUAAAUUUCUUAUGAAUAUG